AUGGAAUUUCCUGGACCCAUGGAAUUAAUAAAUUAUUUUCAAAAAAAUGCCGAUGCACUUAUUACAACAUUAUCUAUUCCAUGUCAACGACCAUUUGAUCAUAAUUUUAUACAAUUUUGGUGUGUACCUUUACUUACAAGUGACUUGUAUAUGAGUAAAAUUUGUCAAGAAGCUUCAAGUACUGAUACUGAAAUACCAAUUAAAGAAAAAUUAACAUAUAAAAGAUAUAUUUAUGAACGACGAGUAUUAAAAGGUUUACAUGAAGGUGAACCAUGGUUUCAUUCUCGUAUUAGUCGACAAGAAGCAGAAAUUCGUUUGAAAAAUGCGGGUGGAAAAAGUGGCUUAUUUCUAGUACGUGAAAAACGAGGUGACAAACGAUCUCGUGAAUAUUAUUCAUUGAGUCUAUGUUAUCAACGAGAAUAUCAUCAUUAUAUAAUUCAACAAACAGCAAAUGGUCGUUUACAAUUUGCAUCAGCUAAUAAAUCUAUGCGUAUCAAUCAAUUCGGUAGUAUUGUUCAACUCAUUGAUUACUAUUAUCGACAUCAACAUGCAGGACUCUACUCGGUAAUCACUGACACUGACGCUUUCAGUGCUCCGUGA